AUGUCUGACUCAGAAUCGGAUUCAGAUCUGGCUGUUGAACAGUAUGAUCCAGAAGACAAUCUGAAUGCUUAUGGAUCGCCAGUCAUACAACCUGUGGACGAAGAGAUUUUGGCAGUUGCACCUGCACGUCAAAAUAUUGAAAGUAAUCGAACUCAAGUAAGUGUUCUUUUUUUAUGUUUAAAAAUAAUCACAUUUUAUAGUAUUUUAUUUAUAGUGUUUUUUGAACAGUAUACUACAGAACGUGUAUUUACAUAUUGAGUAUUUAUUCACUUAGUUUUGUGAAUGCAAGAAUACAUGCAGCAAGCGAAGUGGGAGGAAAAGACGUGGGUACCCGUGUCGCGAUGAUAUGCUUGCUUGCACUGAGCAAUGCUCUUGUGGAACAAAAAAAGCUCUUUGCAAAAACAAAAUAGCAGAGCAAGCUACUUCAGAUACGAACGCUGGAAGAAACGCUUUCGAGCGCCAUCGAAUUGCUGUUGAAGAAGCCAGACAACAAAUAACGGUAGGGAUAUAAAAGAACUUUGCCUUCAGUUGCCUUAUACCUACCUGUCUGGAAAGUUUAAAGCAAAAGUGCUGACUGAAUACAUCUUUAGUCCAUACAGUUUGUUCCAAGUUUGUGCCCUUCAGUUACUUUUAUAAACAACUGUACGACAAAAUUUGUAACGGAUGUGAUCAUCAUUUAAAUUCCAGUGUUGGUAGCCUGUAUCUUUGUGGUUGUAUUAAAAUGUUCAGCACACGUGUAAACAUGCAGAAAAGUAUUGUUGGCUUUUAAAUAUUAAUAUUUACUUUUGUUACAGGACUUUAUUACCAAUUUAAAUGGAGAGCAAAAGGACAAAAUAUUGUUAGAAAUAUUGUCAAAUGGCAAAGGAAGUUUGGAUUUUGCAAAACAUCUAGUGCAAUUUGGAGGAGACCCAUGCAGCCUCUGUGUGGUCAUUUGUAAGUUAAUUGUUUACUACAUAUGAUAAUUAGGUGUUACUGUAAUUAGUAUAUAAUGCAUGGUUGAACAUGUAGUUUUUAGUUCUUAAAUAAUAAUAUAUCGAGGACUUUACAUGGUGUCAGGUGUUUGGGGAAGUGAAAUAAUCGGAAAAGAGAAAAACCCGGUCGAUAAUAUAUUUUCGAAUGGCGACAGCACAGAUCCCUUUGCCUGAAAAGUUAGAUUAAAAAAAGCCAGAAGAUUGGAAGUGAUGGAUAGAACGCUUUGAAUGCUAUCGCGUUGCAGCGGGACUUGAUGACAAAGUCCAGAUAAACACUUUGGUUUAUGCAAUAGGUGGAAAUGCCAACGAUAUCUUGAAAAGCUUUCAUCUCAGCGAAAAAGACUAUGUCUACGAGACAGUUAUUCAACAAUUCGCAUCGCAUUUUGUGGGACGGUCGAAUGUUAUAUUCGAACGAGCUCGCUUUAAUAAACGUGUACAAGGCGAGAAAGAGUCGGUGAUCGAUUUUAUCGAAGCGCUAUACGAAUUAGCAGAGACAUGCCAGUUUGGAGAUCUAAAGAAUGAACUUAUACGAGAUCGUAUUGUGGUUGGUAUUUGAAAUGCAAGUCUAUCGCAAAAGCUGAUGCAAGACGAGAAAUUGACUUUGGAUAAAGCUGUAAAAGAAGCCAAAAGUUCAGAGUUAGUCAAGCAUCACCACAUUAUCCUUCAGGGAGACGGCGAAGAUGGAAAAAUUAAUCGCCUCCGCAAGACUAAGGGACAAAAUAAACCAAAACCGCCAGAGAACUCGAAAGGAGAGCAAAUUUUGAAACCGUAUCAAGCCGGUAAAAGUCAAUGUUAUCGAUGUGGGAAAUCGCCA